AGGCGUCCCGACGUGGUGGCUGGUCCCCCGCAUCCCUCCAUCCCUCCCCACCCUCCCCGCUUCCCUCUCCUCCUUCCUCCCUCGCUCCGGCCCCGUUGCUCUUCCUCCCCCCUCCCCCCUCCACCCCGGGCCCGCUCCCUACCUCGUCCCGGCCAGCUGUGCCCAGCGUUUGUUGGUCGCCCUGCGCCCAGCCCUCCGGCCAGCCUUCUGCGGGCCCCACCGCGAUGGAGCUGCCUCAGCCGGAGCCCGCGCCUGGCCUGGCUCUCAGUCCGGCCGGCGCGCGCGGUGGCGCCGAGCGUCCGGGCCACCUCCCGGGACUCCGGCUGGGAGCUCAUGGCUUCCUGGGGUCCCCGAAGCGCGCGGCCGCUUCCUCGCCGGUCACCACCCUCACCCAGACCAUGUACAACCUCGCCGGGCUUGGCAGCGAGACCCCAAAGACUCAGGUAGGCAGCCUGCUGACACGCCUAUCCCUGUCCCGGCGGGCGUCUGAAUCCUCCCUGUCGUCUGAGUCCUCUGAAUCUUCUGAUGCAGGUCUCUGUAUGGAUUCUCCCAGCCCCAUGGACCCCCAGAUGGCGGAGCAGACGUUUGAACAGGCCAUCCAGGCAGCCAGCCGGGUCAUUCGAAAUGAGCAGUUUUCCAUCCGGCGCUUCCAGUCCUUGCCGGUGAGGCUUCUGGGUCACAGUCCUGUACUACGGAACAUCACCAACUCCCAAGCGUCCGGCAGCUGGAGGAAAAGCGAGGCAUGCAGCCGAGCUGCCCACAGCUCUGGGGAGGACAAAGAGAAUGAUGGAUUUGUCUUCAAGAUGCCAUGGAAGCCCACACAUUCCAGCCACGCCCAUGCUCUGGCAGAGUGGGCCAGCCGCAGAGAAGCCUUUGCCCAGAGGCCAAGCUCGGCCCCCGACCUGAUGUGUCUCACCCCUGAGCGCAAGAUAGAAGUAGAGGAGCUGAGUCCCCUGGCCCGAUACUGCUUCUCCCUGACCCCCACCAAGGGGGCCACCGAGGAGGAUGAUGGAUUCGUGGACAUCCUGGAGAGUGACUUAAAGGAUGAAGAUGCAGUCCCUCCAGGCAUGGAGAGCCUCAUUAGCGCCCCACUGGUCAAGACCUCGGAAAAGGAAGAGGAGCAGGACCUGAUCAUGCACAGCAAGUGCCAGCGGCUCUUCCGCUCUCCAUCCAUGCCCUGCAGCGUGAUCCGGCCCAUCCUCAAGAGGCUGGAGCGGCCCCAGGACAGGGACCUGCCCAUACAGAACAAGCGGAGGAGGAGCGUGACCCCUUCAGAGGAGCAGCGGGAGGCCGAGGAACCUAAAGCCCGCGUUCUCCGCUCGAAGUCAUUGUGUCACGAUGAGAUUGAGAACAUCUUGGACAGUGACCACCGUGAACUGAUUGGGGAUUACUCCAAGGCCUUCCUCCUACAGACUGUGGAUGGAAAACACCAAGACCUCAAGUACAUCUCACCAGAAACGAUGGUGGCCCUGCUGAUGGGCAAGUUCAGCAACAUCGUGGAGAGGUUUCUGAUUGUGGACUGCAGAUACCCGUACGAGUAUGAAGGAGGGCACAUCAAGACUGCUGUGAACCUGCCCCUGGAACGGGAUGCCGAGACCUUCCUGCUGCAGAGCCCUAUCACUCCCCGUAGUUUGGACAAGAGAAUCAUCCUCAUUUUCCACUGUGAAUUCUCAUCUGAGCGCGGGCCCCGCAUGUGCCGUUUCAUCAGGGAAAGAGACCGCGCCGCCAACGACUACCCCAGCCUCUACUAUCCUGAGAUGUAUAUCCUUAAAGGCGGCUACAAGGAGUUCUUCCCACAGCACCCGACCUUCUGUGAACCCCAGGACUACCGGCCCAUGAACCAUGAGGCCUUCAAGGACGAGCUGAAGACCUUCCGCCUCAAGACGCGCAGCUGGGCUGGGGAGCGGAGCCGGCGGGAGCUCUGCAGCCGCCUGCAGGACCAGUGAAGGGCCGGCGACAGUCCCACCUGCCUUCCUUGCCUCGCGUGGCCUGGGCGCCAGCCGCCCAGUGGCCUGCAGGGCCGAGGGUCUGCCGGAGGCCCCAGGUGCUGUCCAGGGGAAACACGGCGAGGGUGUCCUGUCCGUCUGUCCCUCGCCCCAUCUCCUGUCUCACUCCAACCAUACUUCAUAUUCUGGUGCUCCCCCCCUCCCCUCACCCCUGGAAGAGCCCAGCCUGUUGAAAUUGGAUUAAGUCCAGCUCAAAGGAAGUAUUUUGUGUCCAUCAGGAGCCUUUUUGCUUUCUUUCUUCCUUGUUUGGGUUAGCCCUUUGUCUUCCUGUGUCCAGAAGGCCCCCUUUUUUCCCAGGGGCUUUGUUUGUAUGUACGAGGCUGGGGGAAACCUACCCCACCCCCCAGGAGGGGCCGAGGCUGCGCUGCUCCCUACCCUGGGAGUGAGCCCUGUGCCUGGCCUUCUGCAGCUCUCCUGGGGGUGUCUGCCAUGUUCCCUCCCUCCUGUCCCUCCACACGAACACUUCCAGCACAGACGUAAGCUCUUACUCUUUCCUGUUUCAGUGUUACCUGCUUGAUUUGUUGGUCUGAUUUUCUGUCAUCUCAGGAUAUUCACAGGCUGAGGUUUAGGUUCCCCCUGUGCAGUUGGGGUUAGAGACUCAAAUGUUAAUUACUGGCCCCGGCUUCUUUGCCUCAGAAAGGGAUAUUGUUAUCCUUGGGGGCCCUCGGUGAGGGCUACGGCCUGCAUCCUGAGCCCGCUGCAAGCCCGGCUCCCACUGCUGUGAACCCUGGGGCCUGACUGGUCAGGACCUGCUGCUGUCUUGUCCUGGACGGACGGAUGAAUGGAUGGAUGGAUGGAUGGCCGUGGAUGCACAAUGCCUUGCACACACAAACCCGCGGAGUGGAAGCAUUUCAGUGAGUGUGACAGCCUGUGGCAGGGAUAUAUGUGUAUCUGUGUGGACAAAAUCUUUACACUUUAAGGUUUGGAAAUAUUCAAGAGGAAACGUCACAGAAGCAGCUAAACCAAGGACAGAGCCACGUCUGGAUUCUGAAUCUCAGGAUGUGGGAAGGGCUGUGUAGAAGCCCUGAUGAGUCACCUGCUAGGGCUUUGUUUCAAUAAAGCACUGAGCAAGUUGAGUAACCAG